CCAAAAACAUCGUACACUUCACUGUUUCAAAAAACUUCAUCAACCACUGCUUCAAUAGAAAUAAGGAAACCAAAAAAAAAAAAAAAAGAGGAGGAAUUUGUGAGGAAAUGGAUUCUGAAACCAUAAAGCUUCCGGCUUUAGAUUUCUCCCAACCGGGAUUGAAACCAGGAAAUCCAGAGUGGGAUUCAGUGAAAGGUCAAGUCCGAAAAGCACUUGAAGAAUUUGGCUGCUUCGAAGCCAUGUAUGACAAAAUUUCUCUUGAACUUCAGAAAUCAUUUUUCAAAGCCUUAGAAGAGCUUUUCAACCUCCCUUUGCAGACUAAGCAAAGAAACGCAUCUAAGAAGAUCUACCAUGGCUACAUUGGACAAUAUCCAAUUUUUCCACUGUAUGAGAGCAUGGGUCUUGAUGAUGCAAACAUCCUUGAAAAAGUUGAAAGCUUCACUGAUCUCUUAUGGCCUGAGGGGAACUCAAAUUUCUGCAAGACUGUGCAUUCCUACUCGGAGCAAAUCUCAGAAUUAGAUAAGAUUGUGAGAAGGAUGAUACUGGAGAGCCUAGGUUUAGAGAAAUACAUGGAUGAGCACAUGGAAUUAACAAAUUACCUUCUUAGAGCUAUGAAGUACGAAGGGCCUCAAACAACUGAGACAAAAGUUGGACUACCUGCUCACACUGACAAGAACAUCCUAUCCAUUUUGUGCCAAGAUCAAAUACGUGGUUUGCAAGUUCUCACAAAAGAUGGACAUUGGAUUGAUGUCGAACCCUCUCCAGGCUCCUUCACUGUCAUGAUUGGAGAUGCCCUUUUUGCAUGGACAAAUGGCCGAUUGCACUGUCCUUUUCACCGGGUGAUGAUGACUGGAAAUAUAGCAAGGUACUCAGCUGGUAUAUUUUCAAUGCCAAAAGCAGGGUAUAUAAUAAAAGCCCCAGAAGAACUGGUAGAUGAAGAGCACCCCUUGCUAUUCAAGCCAUUUGAUAAUGUUGAAUUCCUCUCAUUCCUCCGCACUGAGGCUGGAAAAGGAGCUCAAUUUGCCCUCAAAACCUACAGUGGCAUCUAAAAUUUAGCAGGGAGGCAUGACUUGGCAAUUUGUUUGCUAAUGCGUGUUGAAUCUUUCAUUUAGCAAAACUUGCUUUUGAUUUUUGAAAAAUUCUACGAUUGCCAUACGGAAUCAUUCCCUGAAUUGCUAUAAUUGAAUGAUGGUACUGCUCUGUAUUUGUAAUAA